AUGGUGGAUUUAAAGUGGAAAAUUGGACUUGCCCUGUUGGGCCUGUGUACAGUGGUGAUAUUCACGGAGGCACAGAUUCCUGCCCUGGGUGCCUGUCCUUUGUACUCGCCGAUCGCCAAAUUCAACCGAACUCGUUUCCUCGGUACCUGGUUUGAGGUUGAACGUUACUUUACUGUCAACGAAGUGGCUAUGAAGUGUGUUUCAGCGACCUACGAACUGCAGGUGGAUGGGAAAAUUGUCGUCAAAAAUGCGCUGACCAAUUCUUUUAACAAUGUAGAACGGAUCAUUUCCGGCAUAAUGGCACCACCGGGACGAGCGGGCGAUGGUCGGUACACUAUUCUCUACCAAUCGUUCCCCAUCAGCUACAAUGCCUCGGUUAUGGUUUUGGGUACCGAUUAUGACAGCUAUGCUGUGCUUUGGUCGUGCUCCAAUAUUGGACCAGUCGGUCAUACAAUCUCCGCCUGGCUGUUGACACGCGACCGAGUCCCUCAGGCUGAUGUCAUGUUCCGUGCUUACGAAGUGCUGAAAAAAUAUGGUGUUAGCAGAACCUUCUUCGUCAAGACAAACCAGGUGGAUUGCGUUAUCGUACCGGAUCCGGUGAAUGCAACGGAACAGCUGGUAGCAACACGCCAGGAUUGUGGCACUGAUGGCAGUCCUCAGAGAACUGGUGUUCACCAAUAUUAUCAGUUGGCCGCUACCCGCCUCGAACCACCCGUAUUUAGCCUUGAUGAUUUGGCACAAUUCAGAAAGGAAAUUUUCGCCAUGCCAAAUGUAGAUGUGCAGCCACUUACUCCCGAGGACAAUUGA